AUGUCGACCUCUGCCGCUGCCCGCCCCAUUGUCCCCGAAGACUCUGCACUCGUCGCCAGACUCCACGAAAUAUCGGCGAAAAAACCCAAGCUUAUCAAAUCGUCGCUCUACGAUGCACCAGCGGACCCCCAAAUUAAAGUGCGGAGCUGGAAGAUGGACGAGUUCCGGUACUACGAUGUCCCUUCCCCGUUUCCGACACUUGCACGCGGCAUCUUCACGGUCGAGCUGCCGAAGGAGAAGGCGUAUCGCAUUGUAGCACGAGGCUAUGACAAGUUCUUCAAUAUCGGCGAGGUCCCAUGGACUACAUGGGAUGCGCUAGAAGCGCACACUGCUGGGCCCUAUACACUUUCGCUCAAAUCGAAUGGCUGCAUAAUUUUCAUUGCAGCGCUCACGCCUGAGAAGCUACUCAUCACCUCAAAACAUUCGAUUGGACCACUCGCCGGCCAAGAUCUCAGCCACGCAGAAGUAGGCGAACAGUGGAUACAUCGAUACCUCAAACAAAAGGGCAAAACCGAAGCCGAUCUUGCGGGGAAGCUAUGGGAGAAUAAUUGGACAGCCAUCGCAGAGCUUUGUGACGACUCAUUCGAAGAGCAUGUCCUCGCAUACCCGCCUGACAAAACUGGGCUGCAUCUUCAUGGUCUCAACAUCACGACGAAAGACUUUUGCACGCUUCCGCAAGAAACUGUUGAUGAGUUUGCGGCUGAAUGGGGAUUCAUCCGGACAGCCUCCAUCGAGCUCCUAUCUAUCGCUGAAGUCCGCAAGUUCACAGACGAGGUUGGGAAAACGGGUGCUUGGAACGGCGAGGCAAUCGAGGGUUUUGUCGUCCGAACACAUAUUGCCAGCACUCCCGGAAAGGCACCAUAUGCGCCGGGCUCGACCUUUUUCUUCAAGGUCAAAUAUGACGAGCCGUAUUUGAUGUACCGCGAUUGGCGUGAAAUAACCAAGGCUCUCCUCCGACAUCACGAAGACGCGAAGAAGGGAAAAGGUAUCGGGAUGUCCGAAAAUGCAUUGCCCAAGGGCAGGAUGCGGAGGCCCGAAACAAAAGUCUAUGUCCGGUGGGCCAUUGCUGAUAUUUCGAGAAACUUCGCACCAUGGGCAGAGUACACGAAGAGCAAGGGGAUUGUGGCGACCCGAGAGCGGUUCUUAACUUGGUUCAAGUCACCUGAAGGUGUUGCGUUACUCGAAGCUGCAAAAGCAAACAAUCUGCCUCCUGCUGCUCCCAUUAUACGGCAAGAUGUCCAAGCGCCGUUCGGAAAGACAAUCAUUGUGCCCGUCGCCAUUCCUGGUUGUGGCAAAACGGCUGUUUCCGUCGCGCUGGCUCAUAUCUUUGGUUUCGGACACACCCAAAGCGAUGACGUCAAAGCAAAAAGAGCUGCCCCCAUUUUCAUCAAAAAUGUGACCAACCUCCUCAAAACACACGACGUGGUUAUUGCCGACAAGAACAACCAUCUGAAGCAACAUCGAGCAGCCCUCCGCUUCACAGGUUACAAUCCGCGCAUCCGGCUCCUUGCUCUCAACUGGUCGCUCGAAAACACCACACAUGCGGAUGUCCAUCGCCUGUGUGGGUCCCGUAUCGCCGCGCGAGGAGCAAACCAUCAGUCUCUGCGGCCGAGCGAAGACAUGGGGCACGAAAAGGUGAUCUGGAUGUUCAUCAAUCAAACUGAGCCGCUCGUCCCUGACGAGGUCGACGACAUUGUGGACAUGUCGCUUGAGGAUGACUUCGAGAGCGCUGUCCAAAGGGCUGUCAGCGGAGUUGUGCGUGUUCUGGGGCUUCCGGUGCCUGAUGCCGAUAAGAUUGCUGAAGGCGUUGCGAAAGCACGUGGAUAUAGUGUUGGUGGAGGGGCAACAACAGCAAAAGACAAGGGGAAGGAGAAGGAGAAGAACCCACAGCCACCGGCGCAAACCAAGGACCAGCUGGCUCAAAAGAAGGGCAAGCCACCAAGAUAUUACGGCUUACUGCCCGAGGUCGACUUGACUGGGCUUCUGGCAGGUGCCGUGGAGAAGGAGCCUUCUGCUGCCGCCUUUUACGGUCAUUUGGUGAAAGAAAAACGCGUCGCGACGCGUCCACAUGUCACUCUUGUCCAUUCGAAAGCACUGCAAGAACCCGGCGCCAAAGAGCUCUGGGAGCGCUGUGCUGCUCUCAACCCUUCACCCGCUUUUACCUGCAAGCUUGGACAUCUUGUGUGGAAUGACCGCGUUAUGGUUGUAACGGUGGACGACGUGAUGGUUGAGAAGGAGGCGUCGACGGGCCAAGUUGGUGCAGAAUUCGUGACUAGAUUGCCGCAGGAGGUGCGGGACCGGCUGCAUGUGACGGUGGGCACACGGACUUCAAGCAUUAUGCCUGUUGAAGGCAAGGCACUGGUGGAGGCAUGGAGAGCGGGGAAGACAAAUGGGGUCAAGUCGAUCGCACUGGAAGGUAGACUUCGGUGUCACUUUUGCAAUCGUCAGCCAAUGAGAACGCGUCAACCAAAAGUUAAUUCUCCUCCCUUCUGCCCGAUGCUACGCGUCCUCGCUGCGGCCCAUGGCUCAUGA